AUGCAUGUAGCAAUUUUAUUGCCUAUAAUCUCACUGGCACGCGCUGCGCCAUCUACGAAGGGUUAUACUACCGCUACCUCCUUACCUGGAAAGUCUGCCUUUGAAACCAGACAGUUGCCAGACGCUCCAGAAAUACCCAAGAACUGGGCUGGCAGGCUUAACAUCCCUGGAACCCCCGAGGGAAACUCUCUCUUCUUUUGGCUCUUCUCAGCCGAAGACAAAGCCUACGAUGAUAAUCUCAUAAUAUGGUUGAAUGGAGGCCCAGGCUGUUCAUCACUCGUUGGAGCCUUCCUUGAGAACGGCCCUUUGAGAUUCAUGGGUAACUCCACCACGCCUGAGAGAAAUCCUUACUCAUGGACCAAACUUGGCCAUGUACUAUACAUCGACCAACCUGUGGGAACUGGUUUUGCAUCUGAAAAAGUUCCGGUUACCUCGAACAAGGAAGUGAUAUCAAACCUUUACAGUUGGCUGGCGUCAUUUGACGCAAUAUUUGAUAAUAUACUCCGCGCGAAAAAAGUGCACAUUGUGGGUGAAUCCUAUGCAGGCAUAUAUAUCCCAUAUAUUGCCAGCGAGAUCGUGAAACGCAAAAAUGAACUACCAGUGAACUUAGUGUCGAUAGCCAUUGGUGAUGGAACUAUCGGCCCUAACACUGGAAUGUCCUCCCUUGGGAUGGUAGGGUUUCUUGAAGAGUAUGCGUCAAAACUGCGGAUACCACCGGAUAUCAUGAACGCAAUCUCGUUUGGUGACCAUGCUUGUGGAUUUGACAUAAUUCGUCAACGUGCAAAAGUCUACCCCCCUAGCGGCCCCUUUCAUCUACCUGGAAGAUCUGGAUCUGCGAACAGCACCGGGAUAAGCAAUAUGUUACAAAAGGGUGUAGUCGACGAAAGCCUGGGGUCAUGCAACAUCCACCCGGAUACCCCUGAAAAAAUAAAAUCGUCCAUACUCAACUCGACUUGUUAUGGCCAUUGCGCAGUAUUUGAAACUAUGGCAGACUACAUGAGCUCUCAGAACUGCUUCAGCAUAUAUAAUAUCAAUUAUGGCUGCAAUUUUAUGAAUCCCACUUCUACACUCGAGGUAUACUUCAGCCGACCAGAUGUACAAAUCGCAUUAAACCUGAUGCAUCCAACGGACCCAUUACGACCUUUCCAGUCAUGCAAUCCCAAGAUUCUCGAGACCCUAAUGGCACCAGCAAACCGACCGGUUCCUCCGUCUUUCGAAAUUCUUCCGGAUCUUCUUACAACUCAUAAAUUGCCUGUUCAUAUCUAUCAGGGACGUUUAGAUAUGCUCAUUAACCAUGUUGGUACUGAAAUCACCAUUCAAAACAUGACUUGGAAUGGAGCCCAAGGAUUCCAGGAUUCUCUCCAUUUCGAAUUUGGUAGACAGAAAGAUAAGGCCGUUGGAUUGUGGAAUGAGGAACGAGGGCUCAGCUAUUAUUUGUUCUUUGAAGGAGGACAUUUUCUACCCGCCGAUCUCCCAAGGGAGGUAAUCAGCUAUGUAAAAGAAGUUGUUUUGAGGCAGUGA